GGUUCACAUACUGUAUGAACUCUACCGAGGCUCGAAGGUCAGCUAUGGCCAGCAACCUUAGCGAUAGGAUCAUUCGAUAUAGGUUAACCAUGUGUAAACGCGUUACACAAACACCAUAGUGAGCUGGGUUGAAUGACGCGUUACGCUCACACAGUAUCAUACAACUGAUAAAUCAAUGGGUGCAGGACUGGGCUACUGACCUAUAACCAGCAUUCCUGAUAUAUAACGACAAGGCAGAAAGCUAUUGUUCUUUGAUGUUUACAUCUUACAGGUGUUUAAAUGCGAUCGAAGUGCAAUAACUGAUAAUGGAAUUUUCAACUCCGUUGGUGUUUUUCGUCAACGGCCAGAAAAUUGUGGAGAACAAUGCUGAUCCGAAUGAAACGCUGCUGCAAUACGUACGCAACCGCCUUCAUCUGACUGGUUCAAAGCUUGGGUGUGGAGAAGGAGGAUGUGGUGCCUGCACGGUGAUGGUAUCCAGCUAUGGCCAACACAGAGACCAGAUUAUUCACCUAUCAGUUAAUGCUUGUCUGGCACCGAUCUGUUCUCUACACGGCAUGGCGGUCACCACGGUGGAGGGGAUUGGUAGCACCAAGACCAGGCUACAUCCAGUUCAGGAACAACUGGCCAAUGCUCAUGGUACUCAGUGUGGAUUCUGUACCCCGGGAAUCGUCAUGUCCAUGUACACUCUUCUGAGAAACAAUCCCAGACCUACACAGAAAGAGAUGGAGUCGUACUUUGAUGGGAACCUUUGUCGGUGUACAGGGUACAGACCCAUUCUACAAGGAUUCCAGUCUUUCACAAAGGAUGCUUGUCCAAUGGGGGAAAACUGCUGUAUGAAUAAGAAAGAUGGCAGCGGGCAGGUAACAAAUAACACAGAUGGAAUGGUGAAUGGUGUAGCUAAUGGAGAAGCUGAUGAAACUAGUCUGCUGUAUGAUCCUUCACAGGAACCAAUUUUCCCUCCAGAACUGAAGGUCAACGCACACCUCUACAAUACAUCUCUGAAAUUCAGCAGUUCUUCAAACACAUGGUAUAGACCGAUCUCCUUGGAUGAACUGUUAGAUCUGAAGAAGCUCCAUCCUAGUGCCAGGCUGAUUGUGGGAAACACUGAACUAGGAAUAGAGAAAAAGUUUAAGAAUGCCGAGUUCCCAGUUCUGAUAUGUACAACACACAUUGAAGCAAUGAAUGAAGUACAGCUAGACGAACGCGGAUUAGUGAUUGGUGCAUCCGUCACUCUGUCCCGGAUACAAGAAGCCAUGCAGAGUGCAGUUGACAGUUUGCCAGAAUGGAAAACUCGUAUAUUUGCUGCUUUCUUGGACAUGCUACAGUGGUUUGCCAGUCACCAGAUCCGAAAUGUUGCGGCGAUAGGUGGGAACAUAAUGACUGCCAGCCCAAUUUCUGAUCUGAUUCCUUUACUAAUGGCUGCUGGAGCUGAACUGUAUGUGAUGUCAAAGGAUAGCAAACCCAGAUAUGUAAAAAUGGAUCAUACAUUUUUGAAAGGCUACAGGAAAACAGAUUUGAAUCCUGAAGAAAUCUUGAUAUCAGUGAAAGUUCCAUGUAGUAAUGAGCAAGAGCACUUUUAUGGCUAUAAAGUAGCCAACAGAAAGGAUGAUGACAUUGCUAUUGUUAGUGCUGGUUUGGAUGUGCAGUUUCAGAAGGGAACAGAUGUGAUUGAGAACAUUUCCUGUGCCUAUGGAGGCAUGGCACCCACAACUGUCAUGGCACUCAAAACCAUGGCGGCUCUUAUAGGAAGUCAUUGGGAUGAAUCAAUGCUUACCAAGGCAUGCAAUCAGUUGGAAGCUGACUUGCCACUUUCCCCUGGUGCUCCUGGUGGAAUGGUGGAAUUUCGUAGGACUUUGACAACAAGCUUCUUCUUUAAGUUUUUCAUCACAGUCAAGACAAAACUCAUUGAGAAAGGGAUAAUAACCGAGAUUUUGUCACCUGAGAAAAGCGUCGUUUCUCUUGGUCCAAGAGCAUGCACAAAGGGAAUACAAGUGUUUGAGGAGCACACUAAAGAAUCUCCAGUAGAUAUUGUUGGUCAUCCUGUAGCUCACAAUUCUGCACAACAACAAACAACUGGAGAAGCAGUGUACGUUGACGACAUGAAAAAAAUAGAAGGUGAAUUGAAUAUAGCAUUUGUAUUAAGCACCAAAGCUCGGGCCAAGAUUCUUAGUGUUGAUACAAGUGAUGCGUUACAAAUGCCAGGAGUGAAGGAUUAUGUCUGCGCUAAAGAUGUGCCUGGAAAAAACAUAUUUGGAGUGUGGCCAAUGGCAGAUGAGGAAAUCUUUGCAAGCAAUGAGGUUUAUUGUCAUGGACAAAUUAUUGGUGGUAUUGUUGCUGACACAAAAGUGCAUGCACAGAAGGCGGCGAAAAAGGUGAAAGUCGGAUAUGAAGAAAUGAAGCCCAUCAUUACUAUUGAGGAGGCCAUUGCAAAUAACUCUUUUGAUGGUGAAUCAAGGUCUAUGGGACGAGGUGACACAGAGGCUGGUUUUGCCAAGUCCGACCACGUGAUCGAGGGGGAAGUCCGAGUAGGUGCACAGGAACAUUUUUACCUGGAGACGAUUACACACAGAGUGAUUCCACAGAAUGAAGAUGGUUGUGUGGAGCUUUACGCAAGCACACAGGCAGCUACCGAUAUGCAGCUUCAAGUAGCAAGAGCUCUUGGUGUUAAUGCCAACCGUGUUGUUGUGAAAGUGAAGAGGAUUGGAGGAGCGUUUGGUGGAAAGGAGAUUAGACCAGUCUCAACGGCAUUGCCUGCAGCAGUAGCAGCUGUUAAACUGAAUAGUCCGAUACGUACUGAUUUGGACAGGGAUGAAGAUAUGAUUAUUACAGGAACCAGAAACCCUUUCCUUGCAAAAUACAAGGUGGGAUUCACAUCUGAGGGCAAGAUUAUUUCCCUCGAUGUUCAGAUGUACUUGAAUUCUGGAAAGGCUACCGACCUAUCUCGAUCAGUGAUGACGAGGGCUCUUAGUCAUUGUGAAAAUGCUUAUAACAUUCCAAACAUCAGGGCCACUGGAUGCCUGUGUAAGACAAACAUAUCAACAAACACAGCAUUCCGGGCAUUCGGUGGACCUCAGUCGUACUUCAUUGUAGAGACUUGGAUAACCCACGUUGCAGAUUUCUUGGGAAAACCAACCAAAGAGAUUCGAGAACUCAACAUGUACAAAGACAGUGAUAUGAAAUUCUUUAAACAACCACUUGAAGGAUCUAACCUGACUCGCAUAUGGCAAGAGGUGCAAGAGAAGUCUAAUUAUGAAUCCAGGAAGAAAACGGUGGAUGAAUUCAAUAGGAACAGCAGAUGGGUAAAGCAUGGUUUAAGUCUCAUACCCGUCUUAUAUGGAAUUGGCUAUGAAUCUGAGGCCAAUUUUCUUAAUCAGGGUAGUGCACUGGUUCACAUCUAUCUAGAUGGGUCGGUUCUUGUGACACAUGGAGGAGUUGAAAUGGGACAAGGCCUGCAUAUAAAGAUGAUACAGAUUGCCAGUCAUGUGCUGAAGAUCCCUCGUGACAAAGUGUUCAUCAACGACACCACCACAGACAAGAUCCCCAAUACGUCACCCUCAGCCGCGAGCAGCAGUUCCGACAUUUAUGGUGGUGCUGUGAAGAAUGCUUGUGAGAUUCUGUGUAAACGUCUUGAGCCUUACAUGAAGUCCAACCCAAACGGAACGUGGGAAAGCUGGGUAGGUGCAGCAUAUAUGGACUGCAUUCAGCUAUCAGCAUCAGGCUUUUAUAAUCGAUCACUUAAAUGGGACAAAGAAAAUGGUGGAAAGUUAUUUCCCUAUUGGGUGUGUGGAGCAGCUGUUACUGAAGUGGAACUUGACUGCCUAACUGGAGAACAUGAGGUUCUUCGUACUGACAUUGUGAUGGAUGUUGGAAGGAGUCUGAAUCCUGCAGUUGAUAUUGGUCAGAUUGAAGGAGCUUUCACACAGGGAUACGGGUUGUUUUGUUUGGAGCAUUAUAAAAUCAACCCAGAUGGUAUUCUUCUAACACAAGGUCCGAGUACUUACAAAAUUCCAUCAUUCAGGAAUGUUCCCGUGGAGAUGAACGUUCAUCUUCUGAAAGGAAGUCGCAAUGAUGAAGCAGUUUUCUCUUCUAAGGGAAUUGGUGAACCUCCACUAUUCUUGGGAGCAUCAGUCUUCUUCGCCAUCAAAGAUGCCAUAUCAUCUGCCCGAGCUGAUGAGGGAAUAACUGGCUACUUUAGGAUCGACAGUCCAGCUACACCAGACAAAAUCAGAAUGGCAUGUCAAGACAGGUUUUCUAAACAGUUUCCAUCUGCACAGAAAGGUUCUUACAGGCCAUGGUUUGUGGAUUUGUAAGUCCACAGUGAUCAAGACUAAGCGCACAAGUGGUAUACUAGUCGGGAUUUAUGAACAUUCUGUCAACGUUGAUAUUGAGAAUUUUAAAUGUGUUGCUUUUAAAUUGUUUCUGCGGCUGUCAGGGAUGUAGAUGUAGACAGUAUAGGGUUUUAGGGUUUCCAUUAUUUAGAAAACAUAUCAGUGUAAUUGUGUUUUAGCCAUACUUUUUGUGUGGUCUGUAUAUGAAUAGACUCCAUAGUAUAUACACUACUGGUGUCAGUGGAGUUUUAUGUGGCUUACAUGAUUGAUUUUGUGGUUAUAUAGGUUAUAUUCAGGGGUUUUGUUUUGCCUAUAACCACAUAGGAUAAUAGAAUAUUAACAUAUGUGGUGGUGAUUUUGUAUUUUGCACGAAUAUAAAUUUAUAUAUAAAUUUCCAUAAAAUGACAUAAUCCAUGUUAUAUCAGCUUGUAAUUCAACAUUACAUUUUAAUUGGAAUAUAUUUUUUUAUUAAUUUCAAAAAUAUAUUUUGAUACAUAUGAUAUACAGUCAAACCUUCUUAAGCGGUCACACAAGGGAAUAGAUAAAAGUGGCCGC